AUGGACGUUCGCAAGCGCGGAAGGCCCGACCCCGCCGUCAACCUUAACGGCGCCGUUAAGAAGACCAAGCAAGACAUGGACUCCUUAUCAGGUGGUGUAGGAAGCAAAUCGAAGCCAUGUACCAAGUUUUUCAGCACUGCUGGCUGCCCAUUUGGUGAGGGCUGCCAUUUCUUGCAUUAUGUUCCUGGUGGUUAUAAUGCGGUUGCCCAUAUGAUGAAUUUAAAACCUGCUGCUCCUCCACAAAGAGCUGUUGCCGCACCACCUCCUGUCCCUAAUGGCUCUGCUACAUCCGCUGUUAAAACACGCAUAUGUAACAAGUUCAAUACUGCUGAAGGAUGCAAAUUUGGUGACAAGUGUCAUUUUGCUCAUGGUGAAUGGGAACUUGGCAAACCUAUUGCUCCAUCAAUUGAUGAUCAUCGACCUUUGGGACCUCCAGCAGGUGGCCGUAUGGCUGGUCGAAUUGAGCCUCCUCCCUUGGCUGGUAGCUUUGGUGCCAUUUCUACUGCCAAGAUCAGUGUAGAAGCUUCUCUGGCUGGAGCUAUCAUUGGGAAGGGUGGCGUGAACUCGAAGCAGAUCUGUCGCCAAACAGGAGCGAAACUUUCAAUCCGAGAGCACGAGACUGAUCCAAACCUUAGAAACAUUGAACUUGAGGGAACUUUUGAACAGAUAAAAGAGGCAAGCAAUAUGGUAAAAGAUUUACUUUUGACUGUUUCAAUGUCUGCCCCUCCCAAAUCCAACCCUGGUGUUCCUGGUGCCCCCGCUCCACCUGGAAGCAACUUCAAGACCAAGCUGUGCGAGAAUUUUGCAAAAGGAUCUUGCACCUUUGGAGAUAGAUGCCACUUUGCUCAUGGAGCUGGUGAAUUGCGCAAGCAGGGGGUAUGA